CCUCCGUUGAAAUGCUCAUCAUUAUCUUUUACGUAAAAGAGGUGGCCGAUGCAAAGAGAUGCUGAUGGUAGAUGUACAUGCACUUAGAAUUGAGUGAUUGCAAGGAAAUAUGGGUCGUAGAAUCAUCAACGCUUCCUCCAAAUACGACUUUGUCAAGGUGAAGGUGUGGUUGGGUGAUGAUGCCGAGCACUACUACGUUUUUUCCAGGUUUUUGCUCAGCCGAAUGUUAACCGUCACUAAGAUCCCAAAUCAUGCAGCUGUCAAAAUCGCUCUUGAGCUCAAGAAGCUGCUCGUAGACAACAGCCUUCUAGAUGUCUCGCAGUCUGAUUUGGAAGCUAAUAUGUUUAAGCUUAUGGAGCAAAGGGGUUAUGGGGAAGAGUACGUAAAUCAUUACAAGAUGAUGACUAGAUUUCACCAUCAAAGAGUGCCACUAAUUAUUCUUUUAUGUGGAACUGCCUGUGUCGGAAAGUCCACCAUAGCUACCCAAAUUUCACAAAGGCUGAAUUUGCCUAAUGUCAUGCAGACAGAUGUAGUAUAUGAAUUGCUGCGCACAUCCACAGAUGCACCAUUGGCAUCUACUCCUGUGUGGGCACGAGACUUCAGCUCCUCCGAAGAGUUGAUUACUGAAUUUUGUAGGGAAUGCAGGAUUGUUCGUAAAGGAUUGGCUGGUGACUUGAAGAAAGCACUCAAGGAUGGAAAACCGAUAAUAAUAGAGGGAAUGCAUUUGGAUCCAAACAUUUAUUUAAUGGAUUAUGAAAACAAACCAUCAGCUCCUGUGGAAGAGAAAACUCUGGAGGCAAAUGAGUGUGCCAGCACGGAAGAAGGGACAACAGCUAACAAGGUUAACAAAGUUUCAGACUACCUGGAAGCCAUUGGCCUAGCAGGAAGUGUUUCUGAGAUUAAAAACGGUGCAAGUCCUAAAGGUCCAGAGGAGCUUAAAAGCACUUCUGUUGAGAAAGAGAAGUCUGGUCCUGGACCACUAAUUAUACCUCUAGUUCUGAAGAUGGCUGAAUUUGAUCAUAAUACUUUACUAGAGGAGUGGUUCUCAACUUAUACAUUUAGCGAUAGACUUCUAGGCCAGGACAGAGAUAAGCUGAUAAGCAACUUAAACACCAUUCAGGACUAUCUUUGCUCAUUCAACUCCAAGGGCUCGACAGUUCUCAAUCUAUCAGCAACUACAUUCAACCCAACAUUGGAUUGGCUGCAUGGCUAUCUUCUUGAGUGUAUCGAGCAAGGCAUUUCGCCGCUGUCCAAUGACAAUGUCAGGCGGCUUGUGGAAAAUUAGACUGCAUUCCAUUCAGAUGUUAGCCAGCUCAAAGCAGGCAUGAAAGUGGAGAAAAGACCAAUUUUGAAGGUUUCUCAUUCAAAGCAGCAAAUCAGUUUGGAGUUGGACGAUAAAGAUCAAAAUGUAUGCCAGAAAACAAAAUGGAGAAGAACAAAUCUUCAAGGGCUAUUUCAUAUCCAGCAUCUUGUAAUGCAACCAACACUUGUCCAAAAUCCAGUUCUUCAAUUAUACUUAUGAGAAGACCAAAUGGCAGGAUUUGGAUUUGGAGAAACUGGGUGGCAUUCAAAAUCUGUAGGAUAAAUUGUGCUUAAAAUCAGUCUUUGCAUACUUUGUAUUUAAAAUUUUAUAUGGAUUUUUGUAUUGAAAGUGGGACACCCACAACCAUUUUCUAUCUUGUU